CCAAAAUAAUUUGACAUACAUGUGUUCAGAGAGAUGUUAAUGGUAUGUGUAAUGUAUUUAAGACAUGAUCGUGUUUUUUAAAACUAGUAGUGGCAUUAAUUUAUGUCCUGUGUCUUUUAAUAGGUUAUGGAAUUGAUUAAAUUUACAAUCAUUAUGAUAAUAAAACAACAACAACAAAAGCAACUAUAUUCUGUGUCAGUGAAAGCAUCAGAGGGCCUGUUAUGUAGCAGUAGGAAAUUCUGAUGGGAGCCUGUUGUCUUUGUUUAUUCUGCAGCAUGCUUCAUUUGGCUGAUUUGGCCAACAGAUUCCAUUCUCUUUCUGUAACUGGAAUUUGUCAGCCGCACUAUGAAACAAGGAUGACUCACAUCUCUGCCAUCCCUCUGGAACUUAUCAUGUAUAUUUUCAAGUGGGUAGUGUCCACAGAGCUUGAUAUGAAGUCUUUGGAACACUUGGGACGGGUUUGUAAAGGUUUUUAUGCCUGUGCUAGAGAUCCAGACAUAUGGAAACUUGCUUGUCUCAGGGUCUGGGGAGUUAACUGUGGCAGUGCCGUGGAGUGGAAUGGCUCAUGGCGACUGAUGUACAUUGAACGCCCACACCUUCUGUUUGUUGGUGUCUAUAUAAGUAAGACUUCAUAUAUCAGACAAGGAGAAAAAAACCUGGAUAUGUGCUACCGGCCAUUCCAUGUGGUGGAAUAUUAUCGUUACAUGAGAUUUUUUAUUGAUGGGACUGUUGUAAUUCACACAAGUGCAGAUGAACCUGUUACUGCUAUUCCAAGGCUGAAACUCAAGCACGGUGGUAAUCCAUCUGUUUCAGUGGGUCAUUACAGACUGUCUGGGGAUAGGGUCAUCAUUGUUGUCCGUAAAACAGUUACUGGUGAAGGCCACAAUCAGUCCAGAGGUCGACGAUCUAAAGGCCCUCCGCCAACCAUCUUGGAACAAGUUUUUCACAUGGAAUUACAAAUCAACAGUAGUGGACGUCGCCACCAUAAUCAGCUCACAUGGAUGCAUUACACUGUUAAUACAACCUACAGGUCAUCUGGUCAGACAGUGAGCUCACAGUUUGAUUUAAAUAACCAGUUUCCACCAUUGUACUUCUCCCCUGUCAGAAGUUUCAGCAGCAAUGCCAUAGCACCAUUAGAUUAGCACUGCUUAAUCAAGGAAGGACUUGGCUUCUUUAAUUUAAGAUCUGAGGCCCCUGGCCAUAAUACAUAUACACGAACAGAAAAUUGAAAUGUGUACAUUGUCUGUGUCAGGGCUCGACACUAACUUUUCAACUUACUAGCCAAGUGGCUAGUGAUAACUUAGAUGUUACUAGCCAAAACCUUUUUUUGUACUAGCCAAGCAUUGUGGUUGGCUACUUUAUUACAUGAAAUUUUCGCGACAUGUUUAUUUCGUCACUUGGGGUGUGCAUACUCAAAUUCGGCAAUUUUGCAAAAAUUUUGCAUUUUGAAUCACUUUAACUUCGCGGUUUUGAGUAACACAAAAUUUAUCUUCUUGGCAAUGCUACUUAGACAUGUCUUUGAAUGUAGUAAACUGACUCUAUCAAAGGUACAAUAACGUCAAAAGUAA